CGGCCCAGAGAAGCCGUGCGGGUGACUCUAAUUGUUGCAGUGGACACAGAGGCCUUCUCUUUGCAGCGCCUUCCUGCAGGUGCCCCUCCCCGCAUCGCUGCCACUGCCGGAUAGAGCUCGCGUAGCCAGCCAUGGCGUUUAUCAAACCUAACAAGACCAAGGCCUACUUCAAAAGGUUUCAGGUCAAGUACAAACGCCGUAGAGCCGGUAAAACCGAUUACCGUGCGAGGAUUCGUUUGACUACCCAGGAUAAGAACAAGUACAACACCCCGAAGUACCGUUAUGUCGUGCGAUUUACCAACAAAGACAUUGUUGCGCAAAUCACCUAUGCGACGCUCGCUGGAGACAUCGUCCUCACCUCUGCCUAUGCCCACGAGCUCCCUCGAUAUGGUUUGAAGGGCGGUCUCACCAACUAUGCUGCUGCAUAUUGCACUGGUCUUCUUUUGGCUCGUCGGCAUUUGAAGAACUUCGAGUUGGAUCAGGAGUAUGUUGGGAACGAGACGGCAACCGGAGAGGACUACAAUGUUGAGGAAGGUGAGGGAAAAAGGCCAUUCAGGGCUCUAUUGGAUGUCGGCCUUGUGAGGACUACCACCGGAAACAGGGUUUUCGGAGCUCUGAAAGGUGCGUUGGAUGGAGGUUUAGAUGUUCCUCACAGCGAGAAGCGCUUCGCCGGCUACAGCAAGGAAGACAAGUCCUUGAAUGCCGAGAUUCACCGGAAGUACAUUUUGGGUGGUCAUGUUGCCGACUACAUGAGGCUUUUGAAGGAAGAUGAACCUGAAAAGUAUCAAUCCCACUUCAGUGGAUUUAUUAAGGAAGGAAUCGAGGCUGAUGAUCUUGCGGACAUGUACUCCAAAGUGCACGCAGCCAUCCGUGCAGACCCUACUUCACAGAAGACUGCGAAGAAGGCUCCUGCUGAAAAGAGGAAGUGGAAGAUUCAGAAGCUCACAUAUGAGGAACGCCAGGCUGCUUUGGUAAAACGCCUCAAUGCCAUCAAUGGUGAUGGAGACGAGUAGAUUAGCCAGUAUGAAGCUUGUCAAUGUACUUCUGGGCCAAGUGUGCCCAAUCGAGCAUGGCUUGUAGAAAGGAGUUGGGCUAUUGUGGCUCGCAUGACCUGUUUUGUUAGUAUGCAUUUGGCAUUAAGAAUUCAUAUUUGGUCGUGUCCUUACUUAAACAUCUCUGUUGUCACCCUGGAAUGUCUCAAGUUUUGGAAUAUUUCGAGACAUCAUUUUGGUUUGAUAUUGCUGGACCUGCCUUUCGAAA